GGAAAGGGCAACACUGCAAUUCUUCUUCUACCAUUUUGCAUUGCAGAUUAAAAUUGAAUUUUGUGAGAAAAUGGCUUCGGAAGACUUGAAGGCGGUGAAAAAAGAGGAGGAAAAUAACAGCAAGAGUUCCGGUUCGAAAAAGCUCGCUACCUCCAACGUUAAGGUUUCAAAAGUUAAGAAGGAACCUAAAGUGAAGAAGGAAGAAGACAAUGACGACGAUGACGACAUGCCCCUCACUAAAAGAACCUCCAAUUCUAAGGAAGUGAAGAAGAAGAAGAAGGUAAAAGAGGAGGAAAAGAAGAAGAAAAAAGAAAAGAAGGUUUAUGAUUUACCUGGCCAGAAACGAGACCCACCUGAAGAGAAAGACCCUCUCAGGAUUUUCUACGAGAGUUUAUUAGAGCAAGUUCCCACUAGCGAAAUGUCUCAAAUCUGGUUGAUGGAAUCGGGCUUGCUUACUAAGGAGAUCGCCAUGAAAGUAUAUGAGAAAAAGCAAAAAAGAGGUCUGCAACAGAAGCUCACUUCUCCAGUUAAGGCUAUAGCUGCUAUUAAGAGCAGUACCAAGUCUGUCACAGUUAAGAAAAAUGGCCCGAUCUCCCCUGUUUCUUCUGCUAAAAAGAAGACAACGAACUCCACUUCAAAACUCUCCAAGAAGCGGAAAUCUAAGGAUCUAAGCUCUGAAGAUGAUGAGGACGAUGACUCUGAUGAUGAAGUUAUUUUAUCAGCAGCAAAGAGGAGAAAGCUUGCUUAAUCACGCUCUUUAUGACAGUGAUAAAUUGUUGCAUUUUUUUACUACCAUUUAUUGCUGGUGACACAACUUGUAAGGCAUGAAUAUUAUAUGACUUUUAGGAGGCAUUUGAUAUGCAGUCCAUUUUCAUUCUUAAGAAUUAUGUUUCC